AUGGGAGAAGACUCUUCCAAGACAGCUAAGAUCAGGAACGAAAUAUCCGGAUUUCAACAAAAAGGUCUAGAGAGCUUCAGUGAAGCAUGGGAAAGGUUCAAGGGUUAUUGGUCUCAGUGCCCUCAUCAUGGUUUCAGCAAGGAGAGUUUGCUUAGCACCUUCUAUAGAGGAGCCUUACCACAGUGCAGAAACAGGCUUGAUACUGCCAGCAAUGGUUUCUUCUUGGGAAGAACUGAAGAAGAAGCAGAGGAACUGGUGGAGAACAUGGCUAAGAGCGACUCCGUCUACAGCGAGGAGCAUGAUAUAGUCAACAGAAAUGACGAUCAACAGACAAAGAGAGAGAUCAAAUCCCUGCAGGAGAAGAUGGACUUGCUUCUUUCUAACCAAGCUAAACAAGAGCAGGUCAACUUUGUGGGUGGUCCUAUUCAAGAGAUUCCUCCCAAGAUUAAUGAAUACAACAACUACCAGCAAAAGUCCUACUCAAACAACCAGCAAGGAGGAUACCAGCAGAGGCAAAACACUCAGCAAGGGAGCUAUCAGCCUAGGCAAAACACCCCUCCUGGUUUCAACAAUAACAACAAUCAGUCUACUCAAGCUCAAGGAAGUUCUUCACAGGCUCCAGCUUCAGAUACAAGUGUGGAUGCAAUGUUCAAGAAACUUUUGGAUUUUCAGGCCAAGAAUGAGAAGACAAUGGGUUAUGAGUUCACGAAAAUUCACUCCAAGAUUGAUGGAAGUUACAAUGAGCUCAACAACAAGAUCCGCCAUUUGGAGAAUCAGUUUGCUUCAAUGAACUCUCAGCCAAGUCGCCAACAAGGGGCAUUACCUGGAAAGCCAGAGCAAAAUCCCAAGGAGACAAUGAAAGCCAUCACCCUUAGGAGUGGAAAACAGCUACCACCACGAACUCUCAUUAGGGAUAAUGAGAAGCAAGAUGGGGAGGUGAUCAUCAAUGUGGAUGAUGAUGUAGUUAUUAUGGAUGAGAAGACCAAUGAAGAGAUCUUGGAGAAAAUAGUUGAAGCAAAAGGAAAGGGUAAAAUUGGAGAAGAAAAGGAAGGGAAGAACAAGAAUGAAGUUGCUACUUCAUCAAAAGAAGCUCUAUUCAAUCCUCCUCCCUAUGAACCAAAACUUCCUUUUCCCGGUAGAUUCAAGAGACAGCUUUUGGAGCAAUACAAGGCUUUAUUUGAGAAACAAAUGAGUGAAGUUCAGAUUACUAUGCCCAUAAUUGAUGCCUUCAUGCUAGUGCCUCAAUACAGCAAGUUCCUCAAGGAUGCUGUAACUAAGAAGAAGAAGGAGAUGGAAGGCAUGGUGGUUCUUACUCAUGAGUGUAGUGCUAUUAUCCAAAGGCUAACCAUCCCUAAGAAGCUUGAAGAUCCAGGAAGCUUUACUUUACCUUGCGCCAUUGGGCAAUUUACUUUUGAGAGGUGUCUAUGCGAUUUGGGAGCAAGUGUGAGCCUUAUGCCUCUCUCCAUUGCUAAAAGGCUUGGCUUUACACAAUACAAGAAGUGUAGACUCUCUCUUGUGCUAGCUGAUCGCUCAGUGAAGAUUCCCAUUGGUAUCCUAGAAGAUCUCCCUGUCAUGGUUGGAAAUUGUGAGAUCCCUACAGAUUUUGUGGUGUUAGAGAUGGAUGAAGAACCAACAGAUCCUUUAAUACUGGGGAGACCUUUCUUGGCUACAGCAGGAGCAGUUGUGAAUGUUAAGGAAGGGAAGAUUGAUCUUCACCUUGGAAAGGGGAACAUUCUUCACUUUGACGUCAAGGAAGUGAUGAAGAAGCCUAUUACUCAAAGCCAAGCUUUCUACAUUGAGGAGAUGGAGGUGUUAGCUGAUGAACUUCUAGAGGAGUUGGCACUUGAAGACUCUCUACAACAUGCCUUAACAAUUGAGAGAGAGGUCCAAAUGGUUGAGAACAAGGAAAGUGAUGCUUAUGUGAAGAUGCUGGACUCUCACAGGGAGAUUAGUGAUGAAGAACAGAAUGAGGAGCUUUCAUAUGAGGAUCACCAUGCUUCCUCAGCUACUCAACAAUAG